UGUGCGUAAGUGCGUACCUUAAUAUACAUAGGUAGGUAUAGAUAGCUACCGAAGAAGAUACAAAGUUUAUAAUUUAUUGCGGGUCAUGACCUAAAUUGAUUUAACCUAUUAACGAAUGAUAUAGGUAACGCUCCUAAUUGAGCCCGAAGAGAAGUUCAAAUAAUUGCAGGAAGUUUGAAUUAAAGAAGUGAGGUCGGAGCAUCUUCAGUGUAAGAAUGAAAUGAAAAUAGCAAAAGCGAAGUCGCGAAGUUCCUCUAAAUAUAGCUGGGCGGGCGGAGUGCGGCGCAGUCGCAACUAAUCGCCAGUGCCCGAGCGCGACCUCGCUUUGUUCACAAUCCAGAAGUGAGCGCGGUCUCUGUUUAUCCGCGUACUCUAUAUAAAUCAACGAUCGAUUUACUUCUCCAAUAUAUAUCUUCAUUUGUCUCAUAGGUAAUCCAGACGCCUAUGCGAUAUUUUUAUAAAAAUGGGAUCAAGUGAUUAAUUUAACGGUUUAUGAUAAAAUGCUGAAAUGAGGUUAAUACGUUCUAGUUUCUAGAUUCGAAGCUUGUUACCCCGAUUUGAAUCACCACGACGACGGGUGAUGAACAACGACGUGGAGGUAGAGGCUCGCCCUCGUCCUUUAUCUACGGGCUUGUGGACGUUGUUCUCCUGGUUGCGUCGUGACGAUCGAUCUGCUUCCAGCGAGAGCCUCUCCAGCGCCGGUUCUGACAGAACGGUAGCAAGCUUUGCAUUCCUGACACCAGCACGCUAUCAGCCAGCGAAAGGACCCCUCGUAGUACCGCCACCCGGACCUCCGACAGACUCGUACAAAAAAAGAGUGCACGAUAGAAACAUCCGACGUCACCACGAUCGUGAUAUAACUCUACAUCGCAAAUACGGGCUAUUUAAGAGUGAAGGAAGUUGCGGUUACGACGCGUUUAGCUUACCACCAGCACGAAGAGCGAACACUGAGUCCGGCACUAGAUGGGACCGCGAGAGAAGGGCUACAAGUGAGUGCUAUCAACGUCGGCUAGCACACGUUCCUGGCAAGAGACGAGCGCCCCUACCUCCUGGAACAUCUGCUGGCCCUUCUGCAUCUUUGCCACGCCGCCAUAGUAGAAAACGACCUGCUCCACAACCACCUGUAAGAGUGUUAGAAAAGAAUAACAACAUUUUCAAAGAAGUUCAAACAAACAUUGAUACUGUUCAAAUGCAUUCUAACAGAUAUCAAGAUAAAUCCAAAACAAGAAAUAAUGAUGUUAUGAUGGGGUGUAAAUCCGAAAAAUAUAUAAAAAAAGAUGCAAGCAGCAAAGAUUCAAAAGUUAAACCUGAAAAAAGUUUCUUAAAGCAAAUUUUUGACGGUAAAAAGAGAAAUUCAUAUAUAGAUACAUCUGCUGUUAAAUUACUUCCGAGCAUUAGUGAAUUAGAUAAACAGGCAGCUGAAUUAAUUGAAACUUGUAAAUUAAAAGCCAAUGAACAAAAUAAUAACUCCACUUUUGGCGAGCCCAAUGCACAUAGCUCUAAACAAGGCGAUGCAUGGAUCUGUACUCGUUGUUUCAAAAGAUAUAACUCUUCAAUAGCCACUUGUACCUAUUGCAUCUCCAAACAAAAAUCUCAACCUUCUGAAUUUUUUGGUGAUAACAAAACAACAUUAGCCAAGGCUUCAAGCAGUUAUACACAAACGGGAAAUGACUUAGUACCAAAUAGAAAAUAUGAUGCGGAAGAUAAACAAAAACUUAAAGAAAUGUUGAAAGAAAUGAAAGACUCUCUUCCUAAACGACCGAAACAUGACUUUAACAGUAAAACGAAAAACCAAACUUCUGCGGAGCCAAAAAGCUUUGAGAAAGAGUCGAUUUCAACGGAAACUCCUACUCUCCGAAUUGGGUCAACAAUUCAUGAUGAAAUGAAAUCAAUUGCUGAACCAUCUACAUCAAGUAGUAUGGAAAUAAAGCCUACACUAGAAUCAAACCAUCCAUCAAAAACCCCGGUUUCAGCACAAGCUGCAUUAGUAGCACAAGUUAUAUCUGCGUAUAAGAAAAAUGUUAACGAUAAUUUAAAUUUGGCUGCUAAACUGGCUACAAAAAAUGACAAUUUAGAACAAGUCAAGGUAUCUCAUUCUAACAUAAAACAGCCUGAUAGGUUACCACAAAAUCAAACCUCCGAGAAAAACAAUUUGAAUACACCAUUGAAAAUAUCAUCACUAUUAAACCCUAUGUACGUGCCCAAGAAUUCUGUUCUUAUCAAACCAAAUUUACCUAGCGAAGAACAAAAGCAGUUAAAAAACGAAAAUGCGGUUGCUGAUGUAGUUAAAGACAUAAUUAAAUGUUCUCCAAGCACAAGUACUAAAACGUCUGCGAACGUAUUACUUGGCCCUUCCACGUCUCGAGCUACUGCAAUACCUGCAGAUAUCAGUAUCGAAAAUAAGCACAAAGAAAAGUGUAUAAAAGAGUCUGUUCCAUUAUUAAAAGCCACGCCGCCUAAUAUAACAACAGAUACUGCAAAAAUUCCAGAACCAAUUAAAAUCGAAGAAAAUAACAAUAUACCAAAGUUGUCAGUGCGCCCAAAUGAUCUAAACGCGGAGAAAAGUAUGAAAGCACUGGAUCAGCAUUCUAGACGUAGAGACUUAAUUAAUCAAUUAGAGAAAUCUAUUGCCCAAGGAGACGAGCGAGCAGCUGCAGAAGCAGCUGCUAAACUGGCACAAUUACGUUUGUCAUGUUCAGUGCUAUCAUUUUCAUCACAAAUAUUAUCUCGACCUUCUACGUCGUCAACCGAUAAUAAUGAAUUGAAGGAAAGUAUAGGAGAAUCAAAAAUAACAAUAGCGACUGUGCCAUCUACUUCGACCAAUAAAGAUUCUGAUAAAAAUGACAAAAUGGAGUCACGAGGACCCAAGUCAAAUGAUAUAAAAGAAAGAUCUCCCCCAAAAGUUUCAGUUGCCAACAUAACUGCUGCUAAUAUAACAAAUAAAGUGACUACAUCGCCAGUCUCUAAAACAGAAACCACGAAAGCUAUACUUUUACCUCAAAAGAAAAGAGAUGAAGAAGUAGUACAAAAGAAAGAAAUAGAGCUUAGAAAAAUUCCUGUUCCUAAUACAUAUGAAGAUAAAAUAACAAUAGCAGUAUUGGUGGAAGAUCGAGAGGCAACGAGAGGUCCUGUGCAUCUCCGUGUGAGUCGACGAGCAUGCAUACGAGACCUUCGCCACGAAGCCCAAAGAUUACUCGGCCUAGCACCAAAUCUACAGCGCUGGAUUAUUGGUCGUGCUCUGUGUGUUAAUGAUGGCACACCUGUAUCAUCACUCGCCGGAUCAGAUUUCAGCGCACCAUUUUAUUUGUGUGUAGUAGAAUCAGAAACUAAAUUGGAAUCAAACACCCAACAAAACAGUAGCACCACCACUAAAGCGGAUGACCAGCAAACAAAAUCAGAUGUUUAUACAGAACUGAUGCAAUUGGAACAACAAGCAGUAGUUCCUAACGCAGAAAACUUCGAAUGUGGGAUUUGUAUGGAAGAGUAUCCUCCUGGUCAAGGAGUAGUGCUCCGUGAUUGCGUACAUAUUUUCUGCAAAGAUUGUUUGUCUGAUGUAGUGCGUCAUUGCGAAGAACCAGACGUUCCUUGUCCGGCUAUGGGUUGUCGAGGAAUGCUACAAGAACGAGAAAUCCGCGCCCUUGUGUCAACCGAGGACUACGAGCGCUGGUUGGCACGGGGUUUGGCUGCUGCAGAAAGCGGAACUCGUAACGCAUUUCACUGUCGUACUCGAGAUUGUAAAGGGUGGGCAUUGUGCGAACCGGGAGUUCAACGCUUUCCGUGCCCGGUGUGCAAAUGUAUAAAUUGUGUACCAUGUCAGGCUAUUCAUCCAGGUGACACGUGUGAGCAGCAUCGCGCUAAACUUAAGCAAGCUACAAGUGAGAAAUCCGUCAGUGGAAAUGUAGUCGAUGACGGAACGCGAACUCUACUCAAUUCUCUUAUCAGCAAAGGGGAAGCUCUCGAAUGCCCUGAAUGCAGUGCCAUCAUAACAAAAAAAUGGGGCUGUGAUUGGGUGAAGUGCUCAGCGUGCAAAACGGAAAUAUGUUGGGUGACUCGAGGACGGCGCUGGGGGCCGGGCGGCAAAGGUGACACUACUGGUGGUUGUCGUUGCGGCGUUGACGGCAAAAGAUGCCACCCAUCCUGUGGUUAUUGUCACUAAUUUGUACUGAAAUCUGGUUAGUAAUGCAAUUCUGGGGUCUAAACGUUACUUUAUAAUAAAAAUGAAUGCUAAAGUUUAUGAAGGUGUCGGUAGUGUAGGCUAUAUAUGAUUUUUUUUUCUCUCUUAAACGCACAAACUACUGAACGGAUCUGAAUGUUGGCAAUCUGAAAUAAUACUUUGCCUACAUUAUCGGAUCAUAGGUAAUGCGGGCAAAGUUUCUCUAGGCUUGGAGAGGCAAGUGUGCAAGUAUCAAUUAUUUAUUCUCUCAUUCAAUGCACUUACUCAUAUUUAAAAAGAGAUUGUUAGGUAGCCCCAGGAUACUGGAUUAAGUCUUUGACUGCCAAAAGAAAACUGUUGAAGGCAAAUCCUCCGCUAACGUCGGUCACCGGUGACCACCACGGCGUUCAAUGUGUUAAAGUACGUAUUAACUACGAUUUAAGUAGUAGGAUUAUAGCGAGUGACGUGAGGCGGCCUACUGAUCCGCGGUCGGGUGACACUGGCGUCUGCCACUCGAUGACGCGUUGUUAGGUUCGGGUAGCUAAGUACGGAGGUAAUUUUAUAGAUAGGUCGUCACUGCAGUCAUGAUUUCGAACUACAUUCGUACUGAUCCACGGCCUGCCUCAUGACCUGGAUUACCCCGGAUCGUUAGUGCCGCUGGUACCUACCUAAAGUUCAAAACCAUGACUGCAGUGACAGGUCAUAACGACGUGUCGUGGCGUCAUUUACCGACAAUACGUCAUCCGCUGCUGUCUCAUGUUAUCUAUUACCAACUUGUACCUUUAUGUGAAAAACUAUUAUUAUUAUUACAGUACCAUAUUCUUUGUUGUUAUAGCUAAUUAUUGAUAUGUGCAUUUGUAUUAAAAGUUUGUACUUA